UCCUGGGGGGGGACAAGGCAUCGGCCCCCACCCUGCAGCCUCACUCUGCGCUCAGCACCUGCACCAUGCGCCCGCUGCUGCUCCUGCUGCUGGCCACGGCCCACGGCCUGGACACAUUGGACUACACACCCACCCUGGCUAAUGAUGAGAGCCUGGGGGGCCGUUUGACGGGCAGCACCUUCGUGCUGGAGCAGCCCCGCUGUGUCUUUGAGAUGGACAACACGUCCGACAUCUGGCUGGUGGUGGCCACCCGUGAGGGUAGGGAGCACUUCAAUGACAGCGCACAGCCCGGGAUGCCCGAGUGGAGCUUCCACCGCUUCCUCACCAACAGCUCCUCCUACCUGACGCUGGGUGCCAUGCUGUACCACUACCCCUGCCCCAAACCCAGCGGGGAGCUCACAGUGCUGCGUGUGGGCAGCGAGACCAGCUGCAUUGAUGACACCUCCGUACCCAACUGCAAUGGGCCCCUGCCCAACCCCGGGCCAUACUGGGUGAAGUUCCUCGCGCUGAAUGCCUCUGGUCCCAUAGCCACCACACAAUGGUUUGGGCCCAUUGAACUGAAGAAAGCCCAGCCCAUCCCGAGCAGCUCUGGGGCAGGCGUUGUCCGCAGCGGUGCCAUGAUCGCCAUCACUGCCAUCCUAUCAGUGCUGCUGGCCGUGCUGCUGGCCGCCCUCCUGGCCACGCUGUGCAGCUCCGAGGCGUGUGGUGUGGGCAGCUUCAGGCCAGAUGCAGCUUCCAUCCGACGCUACAACACCCACCACGUGUACGACCAGCCAGCUGCACGGCUCUGAGGAGGGACACCAUGUCACUGUGCCACCGUGUUACUGCAUCACCAUGUCACUACAUCACCAUGUUACUGCAUCGCCAUGUUACUGCAUUGCCAUGUUACUGCAUUGCCAUGUUACUGCCCCCAGCGAUGCACUGGGACAUAAACAGAUCCAUGUGUGCUGUG